AUGGUGUUCGUAAUGUGGGCGAUUAGGCCAAAAGGCGAGACGUAUGACAUCACAAAUGAAUAUGGAAAGCAAAAAGUUAUUAUUAAGGAGCUCUGUGAUGGUGAUCUUCCAAAAGAAGCAAAUGUACCUCAAGUACCAGCAAAGGAUAAAACCCCAAUGAUAGAUGAAGCUAAUGAUCAAACACAGUUGGCAGGGUAUAUGUCCUUGAUACUCUUUGACAAAGUCCCUACACAAGUUUCACCACAGUAUAGAAGAAAUGGAAGGGUGAACUCAAUAGUUGGUCAAAGUUCUUGUGCCAAAAAGCUUUGUUUAGUUGAAUUGGAUGAUGUAGUAGAAGAUCAAGGUGGUGAUCAUGCUAAAUUGGAUGAUGUUGUACAAGAUCAAGGUGGUGAGAAUCCUAAAUUAGAUGAUGUGGUACAAGAUCAAGCUGGUGAGCAUGCUAACAUGAAUGAUGUGGUUCAAGAUCAAGAGGUUGAGCAUGCUAACAUGGAUGAUGUGGUACAAGAUCAAGGUGGUGACCAUGAUAACUUUGAUUAUGAUGAAUUUCAUUAUGAGAACUUUUCUCAUGAUCACUUUGAUCCUUUUGAUGGAGAACAUUAUCAACCACCAGAAGAUGAGAAUGUUGAAGACCAUCAGUCUGAACAUGAAAAGUCUGCUGACAGUGAUGAUCUUAGGCAACAAUCAGAAGAACAAUAUGAUGAACUUGUUGAUGAUGAAAACAAUGUAUCAGAAGUGGAGGUGGAUAUGACUGACUUUAACCUCAAUCUUGAUAAGGAUUAUGGUUGUGUUCAAAUGGAUGGGUUUCAUAACGGGGUUGGGACAAAUGAUGAACAUGAGGACAUAGAAGUCAUUGACAAUGAUAGAUGGGAUUCUUUAGAUGAAGGGUCAGAAGAUGAAAGGAAAAGAAGAUGUGUUCUUAAAAAUCUGGCUAAGGAGAAAAGAUGCAGUCUUGGCAAUGUCCAUAAGGCCAGUUUUUAUGUUGGGCAAAAGUUUAAAUCAAAGAAAGAAUUGAAAGAAAAAAUUGACAUGCACGCACUAGAAACUAGGAGGAAUUUAUAUUAUAAAAAGAAUGACAAGCUUAGACUUCGGGCAUUGUGUAGAGGUGUAGUCCCUGUCAUCAAUGCAAGUGGGGUGGUUGGCCUUAAUCCCAAAAAUAAAACCAAGGGCAAAGAGCCUGCUUCUGGUGUUGAAUUCCCGAUUUCAGGAAUAAAUGGCUACAAUCUCACUAGCAGAUAUUGCCAGACCCAUCCACACCACCUUUUUGUUUCCUCAGGCAUCGGUGGAUCUAAAUCGUAUGUCAGUCCAAGAAAUACACACUCAACUGUAGAAAGCACUCCAAUAGUAAAAGAAAAUGCUUACACAAAAGUCACCGCAUGUUCAAAUCAAGUAACUUUAUGUGCUGCAGUGUGGAAAUAG